GGUUCAUCAUGUCUAACACCACCCCGGACGCCUGCAAUGUGGACUCGGAUCUGGACGGCGUCCUUCCUCCAUCCCUCUACGCCGUGGUUUUUGUGGUGGGUCUUCCAGCCAAUCUGUUGGCGCUGUGGGCAGCCUGGCUUCAGGUCCGUCAAGGUAAAGAACUAGGAGUGUAUCUGCUGAACCUCAGCCUGUCUGACCUCCUCCUCAUUUGUGCCCUUCCCCCGUGGACAGACUAUUAUCUGCGGCGGGACGUGUGGGGCUACGGCCCGGGGGCCUGCCGACUUUUUGGAUUUGUCUUCUACACCAACCUG